CAAUGCGGCGAUCGGCGAUUGUUGAAGCCACUGCUGGACUACUUCUGUUGCGGUUGGUGGUUUUUCGAGAGCGCGAGAAUUGCGCGGAACUAAGAUAAAUUAUAAUUAAAGAAAACUUGAACUUUUCUUCGUUUUAAUAAAAACAGUGUUUCAUAAAAGUGCUUACGCGAUACCUCUUUUUUGCCCGUGUAUUGUUGUGAAUUUUUUAUCAUCGCUGAGUAGUUUUUUCGAAAAGUAGUGCUUUUAAGUAUAUGAAGUCUUCCUGAACGAAUUUAAACGCUAACUACGACCAUUUUAAACGAGCUUUAGCAGUUAAUACCUUUAGCAAGUUGUUAAAUAAGAAUUUUUGACUGGACCACUAUUCGUAAGGGUUUAAUUUUUACGUAAACAGAAACAAUCCAAUGCAUUGCAAGGCGCCAUUGCAACUAAAAGUCACCGAAAAAGUAUUUUUAACGGUCGUUUGCUACGCGUAUUGUAUAGCUACGAGUUUAGAUUUUCCGCUUUCGAAAUUAUGCUAGUUAGGCAUACAACGUAGGUAUUGAGAGUUGCAUACAAAUACAUAUUACUGCCAUGUUUCAUAAAGACUUAGGACUUACAGUGCGCGUCGCGGCCGAACAAUUGAUUCGAGUGCGCGGGACUGUCGCGAAGUGACUUUUCGUCGAUGUAAAGUGAGUUCUCGCGAGCCAUCGUAUUUCGCGACGUGAGUGGUACAGUGUGAUGGUCUGCCAACAUGACGAUGUGGCAGAGUGGAAUGGGGGGGCCAGGGGGGCAACACAAUGCCUGGAUGAAGCUUAUGGGAAUUGUUACCCACAAAGAACGAAGACACCACGAAUCUGGACCAACUUCCGCCGAACGAGCAUUAAAUCAGUCGCUGCCCAAGCUCAGUAGCCAGGAAGAGGACGGGCACACCCCCCACUCCCACUACACUGGCGUGACCCAUUUUGAGCCCAUUCCACACGACCACGAUUUCUGUGAGAGGGUUGUUAUCAACGUGAGCGGUCUUCGUUUCGAAACGCAGCUCCGCACCCUAAACCAGUUUCCGGACACGUUACUCGGUGAUCCGGCGCGUCGGAUCCGUUAUUUUGAUCCGUUACGUAACGAGUACUUUUUCGAUCGUAAUCGGCCGUCGUUCGACGCGAUUUUAUACUAUUACCAGAGCGGCGGACGCCUUCGGAGGCCCGUCAACGUGCCUCUCGACGUCUUCUCCGAAGAGAUCAAAUUCUACGAGCUGGGCGAGCUGGCGAUCAACAAGUUCCGCGAGGAUGAGGGCUUCAUCAAGGAGGAAGAGAAGCCGCUGCCGUCGCACGAGAUGCAACGUAACGUUUGGCUUUUGUUCGAGUAUCCUGAGUCGUCGCAGGCGGCCAGGGUCGUCGCCAUCAUUUCCGUCUUCGUCAUACUGCUGUCCAUCGUCAUUUUUUGUUUGGAAACGCUACCCGAAUUCAAACAUUACAAGGUUUUCAAUACGACAGCGAAUCGCACGAAAAUCGAAGAAGAUGAAGUGCCAGACAUCACAGAUCCCUUUUUCCUUAUCGAAACUAUUUGUAUUAUAUGGUUCACGUUCGAGCUGACUGUACGUUUUCUCGCGUGUCCGAACAAGCUCAAUUUCUUCCGUGACGUCAUGAACAUGAUUGACAUCAUCGCCAUCAUUCCAUACUUCAUCACUUUGGCCACCGUGGUGGCUGAAGAAGAAGAUACACUGAAUCUUCCGCGGGCUCCUGUCAGUCCACAGGACAAGAGCACCAACCAAGCCAUGUCGCUAGCCAUCCUGCGGGUGAUCCGACUCGUACGUGUCUUCCGAAUAUUUAAGCUCAGUAGGCACAGCAAGGGCCUCCAGAUACUUGGUCGAACGCUUAAAGCCAGCAUGAGGGAACUCGGACUGCUCAUAUUUUUCUUAUUCAUCGUGACGGAUGCGCUGCGCUUCCCCGAGAAGAACCGGCUACCACCCCGCGCGUAUCGCGCCUCGCCGCCGUCCCGCCCGCCCCGCAGUGUCUCAGUGCAUCAGUGUGCGCGCGCAGUGCUCCGAACGCUCCCGGACGUACUGUUGUUUCGACAAUGUUACAGCAGUGGUCUUCGUUGCCGCCACCGUCGUCAUUCAUUACAAUUAUUAUUAUUAUUAUCGCAACUAUUCAACAAAUUAUUGUCAUUAUUAUUGCAAGAAGAAAGAUGCGAUAGCAGCAGCAGAACUUUAUUUUCCGUUCAGCAUGUUCCAGUCGUCGUCGUCGUCGUCGUCGUCGUUCUUGGGUGAGAUAUCUCCUGCCAAAACAAAAAAGUAAAUUUUAAUGAUGAAACAGAAAAAAAUAUACAUAAUAAAAAUAAUAAUAAUAAACGUAGUCGUUCGUCGUAAAUAAUUGCCGUCGUGAAAAAUCGAAAUCUCUUCGACGUGCGCACGCGCGGUACUCGGAUAAUUAUAUGCUGUGUAGUGCUCAUAUUUAUAUAACACGACUUUUUUUAGUUUUCAGCACUGUUUUAAGUGCUUGUAUUUUUCGGGCUGUGUGAAGCUUACCUAGAAUUGAGUAGCUUUAGCCCUUGUUACUACAUAUCCACCCACAGUUACGCCGCAGGCCGUCGCGCCCCCCCCCCUCUAUCUCUUUCUCUACCCACUACCCCUACUCUAACCCAUUUCCCACUCCUACUUCUAACCUUAAAAAAUUCUGACCACCGUCGUCCAGCGCCCUCUUUCUCUACGCGUCGUUCUAGCUUCCGGUUGAUAAUGCUCUGCUGUCGUAGAAUGGAUCUAUCUGCUUUGCCGAUCAAGACCGCAAAUGGGAGUCCUCAGACUCAGACAAGACCCCCUACAACUUUAAUUAUUUUUAAAUUUACCAAACGGCCCUCCUAAGUGUGAUCGAUCUCGUUUUAAUUUUCUAGACGUGGGUAAGUACAUAAUUUUUUAUAACAUUGACUUUUUUAUAUUGGUUUUCAUAAAUUUUCUUUUCAAAAUUAAUGACGUUUCGUUUGGCUUGGAAAGAAAUUAUCGGGAAGACUUUUUUCCUAUUACGAGAAAAUUUAAAGAGCUUUGAUUGAGGACUUCAAUUUGCGUUAUUCUGUAACGUUGUCCAGAAGAUCCAGUAGAUUAUUUGUUCGUUCUUGUUCUUAACAUAUCGUAGGCGAUGGCAAGGCGUGUUUUACGACUAGUGCCCUUUUUGAGUACACGCCGGACAUUAGUAUGGUACAUUUGGUAAAAUUUACUCUCGGACGAAAAAAAAAAACAAAACGUAUUCCGAUCAGCACGAUAUCAAAACACAAAAAAUAAAAAAUAUUC